GUGAGAUAUAAUUGCUAAAUAUGUGCAUGUCGGACCUUUGAUAUUAUAAACUCCGCAUCCUACUCCUGAUGUCGACAGCACCAGCGACAAACGACUGCAGGCUUUUUCUUCAGAUAUGUUCGGAAGUAACACGGUACAAUCUUCCUGGGCAAAUCCCCAACAGAACCAGAGCCAACCGCAGAGUUCUGGUUUUGGUCAGCCUAGCGGCUUCGGAACCGGAGCAGCCUUUGGAUCAACAGGUGCUUUUGGUCAGCCCCAGCAGCCACAGGCCAACCCAAUGUUUGGCAAUUUGGCGAACCCAAGCUCGGGAACUUCAGCAUUUGGUGUGUCCUAUCGCGUUUGUAUUGUAUUCCUCGUGACUGAAUUACAUUCGGCGCAGGCGCAUUUGGCCAGAAUCCUCCACAACCAGCCGCGGGUACCUCAGCAUUCGGAGCUCCAAAGCCUGCCACGGGCUUAUUUGGAGGGGCAGGUACCUCAGCUUUCGGAAGUGGCGGUAAUACUUUUGGCUCGACGGCUGGAACGGGGACCACUGUUUUCGGGUCUAAUCCCAACACUGGGGGUGCGUUUGGUUCUUUUGGACAGAAUAGACCCACCACUGGCUUUGGUUCUACUUCUCCAACCACUGGCAAUGACACCGCUGCUCCUGUUACAACAGGCACAUCGAAUCCUUCCUACAGCUCGUUCGGUGAAAAGGAUCCAACGUCAGCAACUACUCUGCAAUAUCAAACUAUAACGGCUAUGCCCGCCUAUCGAGGGACAUCGCUCGAGGAGCUUCGUCAUCAAGAUUAUCAACAGGGAC